AUGGCAUGCCCUGGGGAAGGUAUUUUAACAGAUCUUGCCAAGAGAUUGGUAGAUAAAACCAUAAAGGAAGUUAGUUACUUUCGUCAUUUCGAGACUCAUGAUCAGGAGUUUGACGAGGACAAUCAACUUUUGUGUAGAAGAUUAGAGAAAGUUCGAAAGGAUAUUGAUGACGCCAACAUUAAUGAGCAUGAAGUUGAAGGUGAAUUUCAAGAUUGGAUAAAGAAAGCAGAUAAUCUAAUUCAAAUGAAUGCUGAAAUUAGGCAGACAAUGUUUGAUAGCUGGUGUUUUCUUAGGAAAUAUCGACAAGAUGUCAACAAGAUUCGAGGCGACAUUGCAAGGCAAUUAGUUUUGGAUUUAGAUAAAAGAGUUGAAGCAGAUCACUCAAAGCUUUUGUGGUCUAAAAUUUAUGAUUACAAAAAAAAAUUACUUAUAAUAUUAGAUGAUGUGUGGGAGAAGUUAGACCUCACCGAAAUUGGGAUUCCAUCUAGACCUGAUCACAAGAAUUGCUAUGUUUUGAUAACUACCCGCCAUUCAAAAGUUUGUGAAGCAAUGAGAUGCCACCAAACAGUUCGCCUACACAUGUUGGCUGAUGAGGAUGCAUUGACACUUUUUCUAUCUCAUGCUAGAAGUAAUGAUUCUGAGGGUCUUGCACACGAGUUUGUGAAGGAGUGUGGAGGAUUGCCAGUUGCAAUUGUAGCAUUAGCUGGAGCAUUAAGAAAUUGGCCUGCAGGUGAAUGGAAUGUGGCUUUGACAGCCUUACGAAAUUCUAAGCAAUUUGUUGAUAUUGAUGAAGAUUUAGUGACUAUUUAUAGAUGCUUGAAAUUAAGCUAUGAUCAUUUAAAUGAUGAGAAGGCUCAAAGGCUUUUUUUAUUGUGUUCUAUUUUCCCAGAAGACUAUGAAAUUCCUAUAAACCUUAUUAUUAGACUUGGUAUAGGGUUAGGAAUUUUUGGCGAGCCUGACGAAUACUGUGCAUCAAGAAGUCGAGUAGUUGCAGUAAAAAAUAAACUCAUAGCUUCUUCUUUGCUAUUGAAGGUUGAGGGAAAAGAAUGUGUAAAAAUGCAUGACUUGGUUCGUGAGGUAGCCCAGUGGAUAGCAAAAGAAGAUAUUCAGGUGAUUACAGAUUCAACAAUGACUUUAAAAGCCAACAAGCGAUUUGUGUUUUGGAGUGCUGAUGAUUUUCCUGAUCAACUUGGUGAUGCAAAACUUGAAAUUUUACUUCUUUGGAUAACUGGAAAUGCUCUAGUGAAAGAUCCAAAUGCAUUCUUUGCAGGAAUGUCAAGGCUCAAAAUUCUGUCUUUACUCAGUGGAUAUGGUAGAAAAGUUCCCACUCCAUCACUGUCACAAUCACUUCUUUCCACUCCAUCACUGUCACAAUCACUUCUUUCAUUGAAGAAUAUUCACACUAUUAUCUUGGAUGGUUGGGAAUUAGGUGACAUCUCUGUUUUGAAGAAUCUUCAAAGUCUUGUGACGCUUGAAUUGAAAAAUUGUUUAAUUAUUGAAUUGCCCAAAGAUAUCAAGGAGCUACAGAAGUUGAGAUGGUUGGGAUUAAGGAAGUGUGAAAUUCAAAAGAAUAACCCUUUUCAAGUGAUUGAAAGAUGCUCACAAUUGAAAGAAUUGUAUUUUGUCAGCAAUUACAAUGUCAAAGACUGGAAGCCAGAGGAUGAAAAAGAAAUUGAAGAUGAAAUUGCUUCUGAUAUAUCUCCUUCUACAUUGCAAUUUUUUUUAUUGCUUGUGAUGUCUUGA